UAGGCUCUGUUGCGCAUGUGCAGCCGUGUUCUCGCGCUUAGCUUACGGUAGUGAUUUUUGUGUGGUAUUGUCAUCAUGAAGGCUCUUAGGGGAAUGGUGAGCGGAGCCGUGAGCGAAAUAUCAUCCGCCGUUACCGGGAGCAAACACGUCGCCCAUCGGGAAAAUGUCCUUGCCGUGACUCGUGACUACAUUUCUCAGCCGAGACUAACAUAUAAAACCGUUGCUGGCGUUAACGGACCCCUGGUGAUUUUGGAUCAAGUGAAGUUCCCCAGGUUUGCCGAGAUCGUCCACCUGACUCUGCCCGAUGGCACCAAGAGGAGUGGACAAGUGCUGGAGGUCACAGGCUCCAAAGCUGUGGUUCAGGUGUUUGAGGGAACAUCUGGUAUCGAUGCCAAAAAAACCACUUGUGAAUUUACGGGGGACAUUUUGCGUACGCCUGUGUCUGAGGAUAUGCUGGGUCGGGUCUUCAAUGGCUCAGGAAAGCCGAUUGAUCGAGGGCCUGCUGUGUUGGCUGAGGACUACUUGGACAUUAUGGGUCAGCCGAUUAAUCCUCAGUGUCGUAUUUAUCCUGAGGAAAUGAUCCAGACUGGCAUCUCUGCCAUUGAUGGAAUGAACAGUAUUGCAAGAGGCCAAAAAAUUCCCAUUUUUUCUGCAGCUGGUCUACCCCACAAUGAGAUUGCUGCACAGAUCUGUCGUCAAGCAGGAUUGGUGAAGAAGUCCAAAGAUGUGAUGGAUUACAGCGAGGAGAACUUUGCCAUUGUGUUCGCUGCCAUGGGGGUCAACAUGGAGACUGCAAGAUUUUUCAAGUCCGAUUUCGAAGAGAACGGGUCCAUGGACAACGUGUGCCUCUUUUUAAACUUGGCCAAUGAUCCCACGAUUGAACGCAUCAUCACCCCUCGCCUCGCGCUUACCUCAGCUGAGUUUCUGGCUUACCAGUGUGAGAAACACGUGCUGGUCAUAUUGACUGACAUGAGCUCUUAUGCCGAGGCUUUACGAGAGGUCUCAGCAGCUAGAGAAGAGGUUCCCGGUCGACGUGGUUUCCCAGGUUACAUGUAUACAGAUCUGGCAACAAUAUACGAGAGGGCCGGCCGCGUAGAGGGGCGCAAUGGCUCCAUCACUCAAAUCCCAAUCCUCACUAUGCCCAACGAUGAUAUUACCCACCCCAUUCCUGAUUUAACCGGCUACAUCACCGAGGGUCAAAUUUAUGUGGACAGACAGCUUCAUAACAGACAGAUCUAUCCACCCAUCAAUGUGCUGCCUUCUUUGUCUCGAUUGAUGAAGUCAGCUAUUGGCGAAGGAAUGACGCGCAAAGACCACUCGGAUGUCUCCAAUCAGUUGUACGCUUGCUAUGCCAUUGGGAAAGAUGUGCAGGCAAUGAAGGCCGUGGUUGGGGAAGAAGCACUGACAUCAGAUGACUUGUUGUACCUGGAGUUCUUACAGAAGUUUGAGAAGAAUUUUAUUGCCCAGGGUGCGUAUGAGAACCGAACUGUGUUUGAAACACUGGACAUUGGUUGGCAGCUGUUGCGAAUCUUCCCCAAGGAGAUGCUGAAGAGGAUUCCCCAGAGCACUCUGGCCGAGUUUUAUCCCCGAGACUCCAAACAUUAGUCUUGCCUCCUUCCUCGUUUAUUCACCUUGUCUCUCAAUCAGCCGUGAAUCUGUCCUCUACACUUCUAGAUGUUAACUCGGUCUCUCUGCUAGGGUUGGGAAUCGAAAAUCGUAUUUUUUUUUUAUUUUUUGAUCCGUGAGGACCAGACCUUUAAAAUGUAAUUGUCUUUGAAUCUUGCAAGAGAUUCUUUUGAGAUGCAUCCAGUAAUGAAACAAGUAAAUGUAGAGGGAGUUCAUUCAUUCAAAAAUUAUAUGUGAAUUUGUUUAGUUGUGUAAUGUUCUGUCUUCAAAAUCACGAGAGAACCACAACUUCCAGCGGGGGAGAAAAAACACUGAAUUUAUCCAUGAUGAUGCAGUUCUAUUUUGCACACAAACAGCUUUUAAAAGGUCCAUAUUUUAUGUAGCCUGUUGAUUUUUAUUCAUGGUAUUAAGCUCCACUAAAUGGUUUGCAAAAAAGAGAGAUAUAUCAUUAUUUAAUCACAUUGGAAUCAAAAAGAAUUGAUGAAAUUCAAACGAAACCCAACCCUACACUCUGCUCAAAUCAAAUACAGUUUACAUUAAUGGGAUACAAAGUUGUUUUCGUUGCUGCUCUUGGUAUUUAUUUGUAAGUGUUGCUGAAUAGUAAAGCAAAUAUUGUAUGAAUAUUGUUGCUACCCUGCAGUGUGAAAGUUUAAUUUUUAAUUUUCUUUUUUUGCGUGUAGCUCAGUGUGUCAAACUGUUCUGAACAAGUGGUACAAUGCAGGAAAGGCCAAAUUUCUCUUAGCUGGCAACGUUUUAAAGCGACUGACAAAGCUACUAGUAUGCAUCACAAAGAAGUGCCAAUGUAUGUAUAAUGUAUAAUGGCUUAAUGUAUUCUAUGAAUUUUUCAUCAUAAUGAAUACACUAUAUAUAAAAGUACAUAUUUAUCAAAGUAUAUAAAGAGCCAUAUGUUCAUAAAAUGCAUUAUAAAGGGAUAGAAAAGCGUAGUGACCCUAUUAAAUCAAAGGAGAGACACCAAACACUGAGCAAUAGAUUUUUAUUUUGUUAUGUAUUGUAAGUUAUUUUACAUUUUGUAUAAAAAUGUGCAACUUGUUUGUGUAAGCAAUAUGUUUAUUAUAAUUUAUUUUGGUGCCAUGAAUAUAUGUACUGUGGUAAAAUGUGUGAUACCAAGUGAAUUCAUAAUGAAGUGAUUGUUGUCGUAAUGCAUGAACGCUAUAUUGGAAAUAUGUACGUGAACACUUGCUUCAUGAAAUAAACUGUGACGUGGUAUAAAUGAA